CACAAGUGUCAUGGGUUACUGAAAACAAACAGGAUGUCCACAUUUUAAACGCCGUCAGCAGCAGGGUUGGCACCACAUUUGAGCUCUCUGGUGUCAGCGAAGAGGUCUGUGGUGGAGGUUUUGCCAAAAUGGAUAUUGAGCUGGAUUUCAAUACGGAAAUAGAUUAUUCUGACUAUGGCAAUUACUCUACUGACAAUUCAACAGCGGGGGAAGAGCAUUCCAUAAGAUCCCAAUCGACCUGCUUCACAGAGGCAGCUUGUAUCACCCUUGUGGUGAUCAAUGGCGUUAUUUUUGUCUUUGGUGUCCUUGGAAACGGAUUAGUGAUUUGGAUCGCCGGCCUCAAGAUGAAGAAAACCAUCAACACCACCUGGUACCUGAGUUUGGCAGUGUCUGACUUCCUUGUCUGCGCGAUCCACCCCUUCAACAUCGCUCACCUGGCUCUGCAGGACUGGGUGUUUGGCCUCUUCCUGUGCAAGUUCACCUCCUUCAUGAUGUUCGUCAACAUGUUCAGCAGCAUCUUCCUGCUGCUCUUCAUCAGUGUGGACCGCUGCGUUGCCGUGGUGUUCGCCGUGUGGGCCCAGAACCACCGGACCGUCCGAACCGCGUCCGUCGCCGUCCUUCUGGCCUGGCUGCUCUCGGUGGUUCUCAGCAUUCCCUCCAUCAUAUUCCGGGAUGUCAAGCACCAUAUGGGCAAGAGCCUCUGCUUCAACAACUACGGGGCGGACCCACACAGCCACGCCGCCAUCGCCGUCAGCCGCUUUGUCUCCGGCUUCGUUGUGCCUUUCGCCGUCAUCAUCGUCUGCUACUCCGUAAUCACCCUCAGACUCAUGGGCAGCCAGAUCAAGAGGUCGUCCAAGCCCCUGAAGGUCAUGACGGCGCUCAUCGUCACCUUCUUCAUCUGCUGGCUGCCCUACCACGUCUUCAUCCUUCUGGAGCUCCACCACGACAAACAGCACCUUGUGCACGGGCUGCAGUUUGGCACGCUGCUCGCACUAGCCAACAGCUGCCUCAACCCCGUGCUCUACGUCUUCAUGGGCAACGACUUCCGGAGGAAGUUCAAGAGUUCUCUGCUGUCCAAAAUGGAGAACGCCAUGGGAGAGGACGCUCGCAGCACCAGUAUCAAGGCCUCCAUUCACAUCUAAACAUCUGCAGGUUUCCUGUCCCUCCUCUGACCUCAUAAUAGUCGUUUAAAACAUUCUCAUGAACUGAUGACAAUCUAGACUGCCAGUAGAUGCCCACAACGACCCUAUUUUCUCUUCUCAAUGUACUUUACCUCACUCAUCGUCUACUGAGAGUCUUGCCAGCUCUUGUAUCCAAGUCUUCUCAUGUCUUAUCAGUAACAGAUGACAAUGUGUCUUGGACUAUAGUGGAUGGGAGGGCUUUGGCCGGCCACAGGUCAAAAUGUCUACAGGUUCACUGUCUCUAUACAACUGGUUUACUGUACUGUACCUAAUGUGGUAAAUGUGUUCACAGGAUUGGAAUUUUAUUUUAUCUCUGCUGAACAAAACAAAACAGCCUGACCAUCUGUUAGGGUGUUAGGGUAUUUUUAAGACCAUGAUGAACCAGAGUAUGUUUGUAUGUGUUUAUGUAUCUAUUCCUUUUUAUGUUGUAUGUUUUGCUGUUGGGCCUAGAGCCCGUAAGUUGAUAUAUUAAAGAGAAACUAUGCAGGAUUGGCGAUUUCAUCUCCGGUUU